CACCCUACUUCCUUUCCACCAUGUCUAUUCUUCAAACAGAGAAAGUCGUCGUUAACACACCUCCUGUGGAUGGCCUCCCAUCGCUCAAGAUGGUUGUGAACCGUUAUACGCGUACACCUUUAGCAAGGAUAGACCCAUCUUGCAGCAAUAUAUCCCUUAUUCUCUUUCAUGGUCUUGGUCAAACAAAAGAGCAAUGGGAGCCUGUGUUAGCAAACCUUUGGGAUGAAGCCGAAGGAAAUGCGGACUUUGCUCAAUGCUAUCACAUCUCUGAGGCUUGGACACCUGAAUGGCCGAGUCAUGGUGAAUCAGCAACCCUUAACAAACCAGUCCUUCUCGAAAACAAUAUACAAGGCAUAUCUGUCACUGUGUGGGCUAGUGGGAUAUCUGCAUUCUUUAUGCAAGGAUACUUGAAGAACAAGCAAGUCAUUGCAGUUGGUUUUUCCAUUGGAACACUGGCUAUGUUCAAUGGCCUUUGCCCAAUCUUUUCUGCUGAAAAGUCUACUCCAGUCAUAGGUCUAGUUGUUGUGGAACCACUCAUGUUUGACCGCGAGACAUCAUCCCCGGAUCACCCAAGAUCUAACAUGAUAGUCAAAAUGAUGAAGAAAGGUAUCAUGAGCCAGGCUGAGAAUUGGCCUAAUCAAGAAGCGGCUAGGCAAUACCUAACAAAACAGCUUCCAUGGUCACAAUGGGAGCAGUCUGUUUUUGAAAGCUACAUGUGUCAUGGUUUGGAAAAUUAUGAAGUGAAUGGGAAGCAAGGAGUAAAGUUAAUUUGCUCUAGAGCUGAGGAGGCUUCAACAUAUGGACGGUACCAGGAAUCUUGGGAUGCAUUGAGUAUGCUGGAACAACUUUCAUCUAUCAUACCAAUUCAUGUGGUGUUUGGCUCAAAAGAUAAGCUGAUCCCACGAGAAUGGAAAGCCUGUGUUAUUGAUACCUCCAAAGGACGGAAAGUUGCUGGUGUGCACCAGAUAGAAGCCUCACACAUGGUUCCCGCAGAAAAACCAGCAGAUUUUGCCAAACUAGUGUCACAACUCAUUCGGGACAUAAUCUGUAGCCCAGUUUCGAAGCUUUAAUCUACAUGCACAUGUGGCAAAGCAUCAUAUCCAUUCAGUCACAAAAUUCAGAUUGUUCUAUUUCAGUGUUAUGAAUUCUACAAACCAUGUACAGUCAAUAAUCAUGAGUAUAUUUGCAAUAAACUCCUUGAUUGAAUAUAGGGACUAUCUGUAUUGCUUGCAUCUUCAACUAUGAUUUGACCUAUGUAGGGUCAUAAUAAAGCUGUAAUAAAGCCUGCUUGUGUUGAGA